CUUCUCCAGCCUCGUUUAAAAGUUUUAAAGUUCACUCCGGCACCAACGAGCUCUGUCCGAUCCCUUCUUCUCGUGGGGAUCAAUUCAAGUAAAUUGUUGUUGUAGGGUUUUUGGCAUCGGAAGCAAUGCUGCCACUUUCUCUGCUUAAGACUGCUCAAGGGCAUCCCAUGUUGGUGGAGCUAAAAAAUGGGGAAACAUAUAAUGGACACCUUGUCAAUUGUGACACUUGGAUGAAUAUCCAUCUUCGUGAAGUCAUCUGCACAUCAAAGGAUGGAGACAGAUUUUGGAGAAUGCCAGAAUGUUAUAUUCGUGGUAAUACAAUCAAGUAUCUACGAGUUCCAGAUGAGGUGAUUGAUAAGGUUCAAGAAGAAACAAAAACCCGUUCAGAUAGAAAGCCACCAGGCGUUGGGCGUGGAAGAGGAAGAGGUAGAGAUGACAGUGCUGCUGGGAGACAGGGAAAACCAAUUGGGCGUGGCAUGGAUGAUGGAGUUGCCAAAGGUGCAGGCAGGGGCAAGGGAGGACCAUCUGGCAGGUCUGGUGGUGGUAAAGGUGGUGGGCGUGGACGUGGCUUGUAAUUCUUUAGCUAGCUGCAGAAUCAACUUCCUUGGAGCAGAGUUGCCGAUUUUAUAUGGCAUUUUAUAGUAUUUGUUAAGGUACAGGAUUAAAGAAAAAUGACUGCUUUCUUGUAAAAGGACCGAGGUGUAAGGAAACUGUUUCCGUCCAAUCAACAAGCAAGCAAUGUAUUUUAUAGUUCCAUACAUUAUUUUGUUGGUACUUCUUUUGGCUGAACGAAAUGUAAGUAUUAUGGAAUCGUUAUCUUUUCUUUCUAUCUUUAGGAAUUUUCAGUUUUUGAUUGA